CCCCUCUCCUUCCUCUCACUCCUGUGCAACACACAUCAGACAAGUUCUCAGUCAACAGAGACGUCGGUUGACAGAUCGAGGGAUCUUCAGAGUCGGAGGCCGGAGAGGUUGGAGACAGACCAAGCAUGAGGAGAACUCUUCGUUCCUCAUCAGCAUCCCUGUCCUCAGCACCAAUGUGGAUUUGGUAAACCAGAGACUUGAUGCUCCUCACCCUGAAGGCCCGAGACUCCGUUUGAUUCAGGCCUUCUCGAUCCAGAGUGAUCGCCUUUGGUCGCUCUGCUUUGGAAUACAAAGAUUUUCUCAGACGAAAAGGGCUGCACAAAGCUUUCCUCCUGGAUUACUUGUGGAGAUUAGUGAUGGGGAAUGCGGCUGCCGGGGGCUUGGAGCACGAGCCUCCCGAGAGCCGAGAGGCCAGGAACUCAGUCGGGACGGCUUCGACCAUGAGUGACCCCACACCGACCCUGCAGAAGAAGCAGCCGGCAGCCGCAAACCUUCCCAUGCCUCCAGAGGAGGAGCUGGAGCAGCGCUUCGGCGUGGUGCUGAGCUACAUGAACCUGCCUCCUGAUAAACUCCAGCUGCUGAGUCAAUAUGACAACGAGAAGAAAUGGGAGUUGAUCUGUGAUCAGGAGCGCUUCCAGGUGAAGAGCCCCCCGUCCACCUACCUGACCAAGAUCAAAAGCUUCUACCAGGAUCAAGGAGGGGUGUCUCGGAGGUUGAAGAAGAGAAUCCAAGACGCCACUCAGGUGCUGAAAGACCUGGAGAUCUCGCUGCGCACCAAUCACAUCGGGUGGGCCCAGGAGUUCCUCAAUGAGCAGAACAAAGGUUUGGAUGUUCUGGUGGAGUACUUGUCCUAUGCACAGAGCGACUCCUCGUUCGAAUCGGAGAGCGUGGAAAACGGCGGCACCCUGUCGGAGAGGGGGAAGCCAAUGGAAAGGUCAAUGGAAGAUCUGUCCAAGAGCUCCGGCGGCAGCAGCAGCAGCAGCUCUCAGCCGCACGGGAUGACCAGAGCCGCCCGGGCUCUGACUGUCAGGAUAUCCACUCUGGGGAACAAGAUUCAUAAGAAGUCCCAUGCUUCCUACCAGAGAGACGAUAUCCACGUGUGCAUUAUGUGCCUGCGAGCCAUCAUGAACUACCAGUCCGGGUUUAAUCUGGUGAUGACUCACCCGCGCUGCGUGAACGAGAUCACCCUGAGCCUCAACAGCAGGAACCCCAGGACCAAAGCUCUGGUGCUGGAGCUGCUGGCGGCCGUCUGCCUCGUCAGGGGAGGACACGACAUCACGCUCUCCGCGUUCGACAACUUCAAAGAGGUGAGCAGAGAGAAGAACCGCUUCGAGAAGCUGAUGGAGUACUUCAUCCACGACGACAGCAACAUCGACUUCAUGGUGGCCUGCAUGCAGUUCAUCAACAUCGUGGUUCAUUCAGUGGAGAACAUGAACUUCAGGGUCCAUCUGCAGUACGAGUUCACUCACCUCGGGCUGGACAAGUACUUAGAGAAUCUGAAGCAGACAGAGAGCGAGAAGCUGCAGGUGCAGAUCCAGGCCUACCUGGACAACGUGCUGGAUGUCGGCGCUCUGCUGGAGGACGCCGAGAACAGAGGUGGCGUGCUGGACCACGUGGACGAACUGCAAGAGCACAACAUCCAGCUGAACGCCCGGCUUCAGGAGAUGGAGAACCAAUCCGCCGAGAGAAUCACCGAACUGGAGACUCAGCUCAUGCAGGCCACCAAGGAGGCCGAGCUGCUCAAAGAGAGCCUGCGGGACUCGUGCUCGCAGGUCAGCACCCUGCAGCAGAGGGAGCGGGAGCGCGAGCUGGACCGCGAGCGCGAGAAGGACCGGGAGCGCCUGGGCUCCUCCGCCCUGCAGGCGUCCUCGGAGCUGGAGCAGAAGAUCCAGGAGCUGCAGGAGAAGGGGCUGGUGCGGGUGGGCCGCACCGCCUCCGGAGGCCUGGACCUGCAGGUGGUGCCGGUCACCGUGGUGGAAUACGUCCAGAGUCCGGCGGCGGCGGCGGCUGCACCUGCGGUCGACUCCUCCGCCCUCCAAACGCCUUCACCUCCGGCUCCUCCGCCUCCCCCUAGUGCCCCAGGGCAGGUCGGGUCUCCUCCUCCACCUCCCCCUACACCAGGACCUGCUUCUGGAGGGGCUCCACCACCUCCUCCUCCUCCUCCACCUGGCUCUGGAGCCCCGCCUCCUCCUCCUCCUCCUCUACCUGGUGUUGGACCCCCACCUCCUCCUCCUCCUCCUCUACCUGGUGUUGGACCCCCACCUCCUCCUCCUCCUCCUCCUCCACCUGGCGGUGGACCCCCACCUCCUCCUCCUCCACCUGGCUCUGGACCCCCACCUCCUCCUCCUCCACCUGGCGGUGGACCCCCACCGCCCCCUGGAGCCCCGAACAUUCAAGCUGUGAAGGGAAAGAAAACGAUUCAGACCAAGUUCCGAAUGCCGCUGCUGAACUGGCAGGCUUUAAAACCCAACCAGGUGACGGGUACCGUCUUCAACGAGCUGGAUGACGACCAGAUCCUAGAGGAGCUGAACAUGGACAUGUUCGAGGAACAGUUCAAGACUCGGGCCCAGGGCAACGCAGCCGACCUGACCAAGGUCAAGAAGAAGGUCCAGCAAGCCCCGAGCAAGACCUCCCUCAUUGACCCCAACAAGGCCAAGAACCUCGCCAUCACUCUCCGCAAAGCAGGAAUGAAAUCCUCAGACAUCUGUACUGCCAUCGAGAAGUACGACCAGCAGUCUCUGUCCAUAGACCUGUUAGAGCUGCUGGAGCACUUCAUCCCAUCGGACUUUGAAAUGAAGCUCCUCAAAAACUACGAGAAAGACGGACGUCCGCUGGACGAGCUGACCGACGAAGACCAGUUCAUCCUCCGCUUCGGGAAGAUUCCGCGUCUCACCCAGCGGAUCAACACCCUCACCUUCAUGGGGAACUUCCCGGAGAGCGUCAAACGCCUGCAGCCGCAACUCAACUCAGUCAUUGCUGCCUCGAUGUCCAUCAAGUCUUCAAGCAAACUCAAGAAGAUCCUGGAAAUCGUUCUGGCUUUCGGGAACUACAUGAACAGCAGCAAGCGAGGAGCAGCUUACGGCUUCAGGCUGCAGAGUCUGGACCUGCUGUUGGAGACCAAGUCCACCGACCGCAGCCAGACGCUGCUUCACUUCAUCACCAACAUCAUCCAGGAGAAAUACCCCGACCUCACCGACUUCCACACCGAGCUCCGCUUCGUGGACAAAGCGGGCGUCGUGUCUCUUGAUGGGAUCCUUCAAGACAUUCGCUUGUUGGAGCGAGGGAUGGAAGUCGCCAAGAAGGAGAACCAGGUGCAGGACGACAGCCCCGUGCUGGAGGAGUUCAUCAGAACCAACAGUGAAGCCUUGGAGUCUCUCAUCAAAGACAGCAAGACGGCACAGGAGGCCUACAUCUCCGUGGUGGAGUAUUUUGGAGAAAAUCCCAAAACGACGCAGCCGGCCAUGUUUUUCCCCAUGUUCGGACGCUUCAUCAAGGCCUACAAGAAAGCACAGCAAGACAUCGAGCAGAAGAAGAAAAUGGAGAGUGAGGUCCAGGAGGUGAAAAAUUCACCGUCUCCGAACAAGGCUGCAUCCCAGAAGGGCCCUGGGAUGCCCCGGAUGCCUCAGAUGGAUCUGAUAGCAGAGCUGAAGAAGAAGCAGGUGAAGACGCCGGUGCGCGAGGGUAAGGACGGCGCUCUGGAGGACAUCAUCACAGAUCUGAGGAAUUCGCCGUACAGACGUGCAGACGGCCGCCGGCCAGCACAGCGCCAGGAUACUUAAUCGACGCCGUUUCUCUUUCUGUUGUUAAAAAUGUAACUGGAAUCACGCUCAGGCUGGAAAAAAAAACGCCAUUUCAAAUGUGCUGUAUAUACAAGCAUAUCCACGUAUCGCAGUGUUUCAGUGUGAAUUUUACUCUGUAAAUAGAAUUAAGCUGGAAAUAUUUUUUAAUAAACUGCUCAUGAAUUUGAUUCCAAAUAUUUUUUAAAAGCAUUUUCACUG